AUGGCAUAUGAAAAACCUGCAAGAAAUUCAAGGUCAAAAAAAUCGUGGGUCCAAAUAUUACAAUCUAAUAUAUAUAAACGGGAUAUGAAAACAAUUCAGGAUUUUUUGAAUCUUUCAACUUCAAAAAUUCCAUCUACAGUCCCUGAAUUUAUGACAAUAUAUACCAUCAAGGAUGAUAAAUGGGAGAAAGAAUCAGAAUUAAGUUUAGUGCAAGACAUUUUUUCGCAAAUUUAUUUUCAUUGUAGGGAAUUUAAAGAAGGGGAAACGAUAGCUGAUAUGUUUGACUUAUCUGAAGGAAUAUACAAGUAUUCAUCUAUAGUUCCAGAAAAUUAUGAUGAAAUGAUUGUGGUAACAAAAAAAUGGCAUGAAACAUUUAGAGAACAGUAUCUUACAUCUAGCGGUGAGAAAAAUAAUAAAGAUGAUAUUAUUAAUGAUUGUAAAAAGAAAUUUGAAAUUUGGAUAAGCGAAGAAAUUAAUAGAGUUAGUCAAUUUUGUGAUGAAUGUGAACGAUUAAAUUCAAUAUUUAAUAAAUUUUCCCAAGUUAUAAAGGACGAUUGGGAAACUGGUCUUAAGCCUAUUAUUCAUAAAAUUGAAAAAAAGUUUCAAAAAUCUAGUAGAAGUAGGAAAAAUUAUCCUAAACAUUUACAACAAACAAUAAAUGAUCUCGCAAAAUCUGUUUCUGACUCUUCUCUCGUUUUACAGCCAAUAAGUGAUAAAUGGAAAACAUAUAGUAGAGAUUUAGAAAACAUAAAAGCUACAUUAGAAAAAAUUGGUGAACCAAGGUGUCUACUGCCCACGAGAAAAAUUCAUCUAGAAAGUAUAAAAAACAAGUGGAAAGGGUUGAAUAAAUUGUCGUUAGAACUUUAUAGCUUAUUAUAUUACUUUGAAAUAGAGAAAGAGUGA